CUCUUUGUGAAUUAUAAAUAAAUAUUUUGUGAAUUAUGUCUGAUUGCGAAUACACUGAUCAAUACGAAAAAUACAACUACGAUUUUGACAAGUACAUUUUCUGCAAAAACGGUGGAAAGCAAAGGAGUAAACUGGAAGUUAGUAAGCACACCAAUCAGUUUGAUCCAAGCGGGCAUUCUAGAAAAAUCUUGACCAAGCUUCAGAAUACUGAACUUAAUAAUAAACGUAACAUCAAAACUAAAUCAUAAAAAAGUCGUGUUCAUUUGUGUGUUCAAACUCUUCGUAUUUAUUGGAAUUCAGCUGGUAUUAAAUUUAU